CUUCCGGUGGCGGCGUAGGCGCAGGCGCAGGCGCAGGCGCAGGCGCAGGGGCGCGAGCAGCAGAACCGACCCCCAAGGCCCCGCGAGCAGUCUGGCGCGAUGCCGUAUGCCAACCAGCCAACCGUGCGGAUCACCGAGCUCACCGACGAGAAUGUCAAGUUCAUUAUCGAGAAUACGGACCUGGCGGUGGCGAAUUCUAUCCGGAGGGUCUUCAUCGCUGAGGUGCCCAUAAUAGCAAUUGACUGGGUUCAGAUUGAUGCCAAUUCCUCAGUCCUUCACGACGAGUUCAUUGCUCACAGGCUUGGAUUAAUCCCCCUCACUAGUGACGACAUUGUGGACAAGCUGCAGUACUCCCGGGACUGCACUUGUGAGGAGUUCUGCCCCGAGUGCUCGGUGGAGUUCACCCUCGAUGUGCGGUGCAACGAAGACCAGACGCGUCACGUCACAUCCCGAGACCUCAUCUCCAACAGCCCCCGGGUCAUUCCGGUGACAUCCCGGAACCGAGAUAAUGACCCCAGUGACUACGUGGAGCAGGACGACAUCCUCAUCGUCAAGCUGAGGAAGGGCCAGGAGCUGAGACUUCGCGCCUACGCCAAAAAGGGCUUUGGCAAGGAACACGCCAAGUGGAACCCCACUGCAGGGGUGGCUUUUGAAUAUGAUCCCGACAAUGCCCUGAGGCACACGGUGUACCCCAAGCCGGAGGAAUGGCCAAAGAGUGAGUACUCGGAGCUGGAUGAGGAUGAGUCACAGGCGCCCUACGACCCCAACGGCAAGCCAGAGAGGUUUUACUACAACGUGGAAUCUUGUGGCUCUCUGCGCCCUGAAACCAUUGUCCUCUCAGCACUUUCUGGAUUAAAGAAGAAACUGAGUGACUUACAGACCCAAUUAAGCCAUGAGAUCCAGAGUGACGUCCUGACCAUAAACUAGCCGCAGCUCACCUGUCUCAGCAGAAACAGCUCUUGAAUUUCAGGCCUCUCCUGAGACUUUUGCUCCUGGGGACUGGACAGCUGUUGCUCAAGCUUCCUGGCACACCUGCAGUACUGGCUAGAAAGGUAGCGGUGGGGGAGGGCAGGCCAUCCCAGGCUGGCACCGUCGCAGGUUGCCGGGGGUGCCACUGCUGUCGGAGGCGGAAAAGUCUCCUACAUCCAUUGAGCAUCCGUGGCCCUGCCUGCUGAUGGGCAGUGGUGCUCUCCACAACGCCGGAUGUGCCUCCAGGGGCCCUGGCGUCCCCCGGUUGAGAACCACUGAGCUGGACUCUCCUUUUCUGAUCAGUUCAGUGCUUUAGUUUGAAUCCUUCCUGUCCACAAAUUGGGAUUUCGCUCUUGUACCUCAGGCUUCUGUGUUAGGAUUGACUCUAGAAUUCUUUCUCAGGCCGCCUGCAGGUCCUUCCAGUCCCGGCCCUGACCCGCGUACUGGCACUUCUCUCAUAUUCCCAGGAGUCCCUAACUUGAGACCCUUUGAGAACACUGUUAGACCCAGGCUGUCCCCCUCUCCCCAUCAGUUAUGAACUUAACAACAGUGGCCCAUUUAUUUGUCAGGAGGGCAGGGGACUUAAGGAAAGGUUGGCCUUGCCCCUGGCUCAGCCUUAGAGGUAGGAACAUACCCAAAGCAGUUAAUUAGGCAGCCUGGCCAGAGAAGCCUGGAGAAAAUCAGAGACCUAGUACAGAAAGGAAGGGAUGUGUAUGAGUUGUCUUUUAAAAGUUUUUAUUUUUGGCAAUAAAGAGCACAACGUCAUCUCCUU